AGCAGCAACACACUCCUCACAUCCACUCAGCACACACACACACACACACUGGGAGAAGAGAAGAAUUUUUAGGAUUUAAAAUCAGUUUUUUUUACUUUUUCUUGGAACCUUUCUUGUUUCUCCUCCAGCGGCUGCUCGUCCUCCUCCUGCCGGCCUCUGAGCGCCUCUUCCCGGACACUUGAGCCGGGAUGUGUCGGGUGGAGCUCCUGUAAAUCUUCCUUUUCAUCCAGAGGAUUAUUUCUGAUUUCGGUAUUUCAAGGGGAUUUGUUGCUCUCUGAAUGUCUGUGAACUCUUCCCUCUGAUGCUGUGUUCCUGUGUGAUGACCAACGCAUUUCUUGUUUCCCACCCCCGACCCAUAUGAUGACUAUGAGCUCAUUAUCGGACACUUUGGUCCCGCCGGAUCCCUCCAAAUCCGCGUUCCUAGAGUUCGGGGGUUACUCGGGGCACCAGCAGCCUCCCCACGGCCACGCGCACGGACAUUACCCUGUGCACGCGCUGGUGGGGCCCCCGCAACACGAGGGGCCCUUCUCCUCCUCCUCGGGCGCGUCCUCGUACGGGAGACCGCUCGGUUACCCACCGUACCACAGCAACGUUAACGCGCACCACCCCGGGGCUUACCUGGGAUACCAGCACGCGGGGCACGGGGGCGCGCACGGGCACACGAGACUGGAGGAGACGGGCAGUGAUAAACCUGGAGACCCUGUACCUCAGGCAGUGAUAAACCUGGAGACCCUGUACCUCAGGCAGUGA